AAGUAAGGUAAGCACUACCGAGGAUUUGCCCCCAGAUUCAAGACUCUGCGAUGUGCAUUCCAACCUCCCACAGAUACCUCCGAUGCUGUUGCUUCAAUAAAAGCCCGAUGGUAACACGUCAAAAGUAAGACAUUGGAAAAGAUCCGCCGCUAUUUGCCGAUCGAAAAGCUCCCGCCCUGUCCCCGACGCCGUGCGAUGUCGCAACCGACAGCCCCACCCUGCCGCCGUCCCUGCAUAUUUUCAUCCAAGCACUUUCCAACUGGGAGUUUUACACGUCGGGCACAGGAUAUCUGUCAGAUUGAUGACUCGCCAAUCCAAAACACCAACUCUGCACAGUCAUCUCGACACUUUCGACAUAGUACCAUGGCAUCCUCGACCGGCACACUCGACGCGCCCGGAACAACAGGGGCCCCCACACCGCCCCCCAACCGUCACCACAACAAGACGGACAAAAAGACCACCACCGGUGAAGCCAGCAACGUCUCCCUAAACCUCGGCGAUGCCACCCUCAACAUCACCCACAACCCACCUGACCCCAGCAACCCCCAAAACGACAAUGAAACCUACAAACGCAUCCGCCGCAAAGUCGACCUCCGCCUCUGCACCAUCGCCGGCCUCCUCUGCUCCCUCAACCUCCUCGACUCGGGCGUCCUCUCCUCGGCAGCCGUAACCUCGAUGCUCACCGACCUCGGCCUCGACGUCGGCAACCGCUUCUCCAUCUCCAUCUUCAUCUUCACCAUCUCGUCCAUCAUCUUCCAACUCCCCUCCACCAUCGCGGUGCGCCUCCUCGGUCCGAGGAUAUGGUUUUCCGUUAUCACUUUUUUCUUUGGGUUGAUCACAUUGUGCACGGGGUUUGUGAGGACGUGGCAGCAGAUGAUUGCGCUAAGGAUUUUGUUGGGGGCGGCGAUGGCGGGGAUCUUUCCGGGGUUGGCGUACUUGAUUAGCACGUGGUAUCCAAGGGGGGAGCAGCAGUUGAGGUUUGCUUUUAUGCAGAGCGGGGAGGUGGUGGUGUUGGCGACGGGGAGUUUGGUGAAUUAUGGGUUGAAUCGGUUGGAUGGGCGUAGGGGGUUGGAAGGGUGGAGGUGGAUGUUUGUUGUGCAGGGGGUGUGCACUUGUGUUAUUGGGAUUGUGACCUAUUGGUGGAUGGUUGAUUUCCCUGAGAAUUCCGACAGGAGCUUCCGCUUCCUGACACGUGAAGAAGCCGACAUCGUCGCCAGCAGAAUCGAAAAGGACCGCGGCGAUGUCAUUCCUCAGAAGUUCUCCAUCGUUGAGGUUCUCAAGCACGCCAAAGACCUGAAGAUCUGGGCGUUUGCCUGUUUGUUCUUCAUGCAGAAUAUCGUGUCGACUGCCCUGGCAUACUUUGUACCCAUCAUCCUCCAGAACGGGCUUGGGUACUCGUCUGACGCGGCCAUCAUUCUUUCGGCACCACCGUAUUACUACGCCAUUGUGCCUGUGCUGCUCUCGUCUUGGUACGCAGACAGGUUUCGGGUACGAGGACCGGUCAUCACAUUCAACGCCACUUGUCUCAUCACCGGCUUUGCUGUGCUUGGGUUUGCAGGUAAUUCAGGGGCUCGCUACUUUGGCGUCUUUUUGGCCACGGGGGCUUACGUCGCCAACUGGGCUGCGCUUACUGCGUAUCAAGCUAACAAUGUUGUUGGACAAUGGAAGCGUGUAUUUACUGCUGCGGCAUGUACAAUGUUCAAUGGGGCCGGUGGUAUUGCUGGUAGCUUCAUUGUCCAAAAUUAUGAGGCGCCAUACUACGCCACCGCAGUUUGGAUAUCUAUAGGAUCCCAUUUGCUGAUGAUAACGCUCGUUGGUCUUCUCACUAUCUAUUUCUACCUCGCCAACCGCUCACUGAGGAGGACAGGAAAGGUUUUGGAGCAAACGGUGGGAUUCCGAUUCACGUAUUAG